GACUCGCGUCAGAGGCGCGAAAUCAUGAUCGCGCAUGACCGGAAUCGAUGUUGUUUCGCGAGUACGCCCAACGGCGUCGCUACCGUUCGCUGCAUUAUGGCCGCCGCGUUUGGGUGUUGUGGACACUGAUUUUUCUUGAAUUUUACUACGAGUGAAAGAGACCCUUGGAACGGUUAACCGUCACCGUUAUUGUUGCACUCGUCGAGUCGAGCGAUUGCCGCGCAGUAACCCCGUGUUUGCCUGUCCCUCGAGUUUUUAGACGGCGUGUGAGUGAAACGGGCGGUGUGAUCAUCUCCGCCGAGGAAGGAUGACGCGUGUACGUCGUUGAAAGAGAGAGAGAGGCAGGCUGCCGGAAACAACGCGGGACACUCGACAUCUAAAGACACAAACACAAGCAUGUUAGCGGGGGUGGAUGAUAGGAAUUUACUGAAAAUCCAAGAUCAAAGGCAUUCAAAACGCUGGAGAAAGACGGCGGAGCUUCGGAGGAGGGGGAGAUGUCUACUGGCACCCAGGGCGAGAUCCGGGUUGGCCCCUCGCAUCAGGAAUUGGUUUCUUGUCAGGCCCGUUUGCCUGAGUAUCGGCCGGGUAUACCUCCCGGAGAGCUGCCACCCGAUCCAGAAUUCUCCAAGGAGCGCGAGGAGCUAAGAUGGAUACCGGCGAUGGCGUUGGACGGGGAUCUGCUCAUGUACUUGAGGGCGGCCCGUUCAAUGGCAGCGUUCGCCGGUAUGUGUGACGGCGGUUCACCGGACGAUGGUUGCGUGGCCGCCGCCCGAGACGACACUACCAUCAACGCGCUGGAUAUCCUGCACGACUCUGGCUAUGAUCCUAGUAGGGCGCUCCAAGCACUCGUCAAAUGUCCUGCACCGAAAGGCAUCGACAAGAAAUGGUCCGAGGAAGAAACUAAGCGAUUCGUCAAGGGUCUACGGCAGUUCGGAAAGAAUUUCUCGCGUAUUAGAAAGGAUCUUUUACCUCACAAGGAUACGCCGGAGUUGGUCGAGUUCUAUUACUUAUGGAAGAAGACACCGGGCGCGAAUAAUAAUCGUCCUCACCGGCGACGCAGACAGAGCUCGCUACGGCGAAUCCGCAACACGCGUAAUUCCCGGGCUGGCACACCCAAGGAGGAGAUUCCUACACCUACCAAGGACACACCGCCAGCAGUUAACCUUAGCACGAAGGAGACCGCGUCCGAGGUUGAGACCGUACCGGUCGGUACCCCGGCCAGCCACAAUCCAGGCGGCGAGAUUAGCUCCGUGACUGAAGACGAUAAUUCGGAGGAGGACAGUGACUCGCGCGAUACCAAUACGAACGGAGCGGCGCAUUCAUGCCAGCACUGCUUUUCCAGUAGCUCAAAGGACUAUCAAGUAGCCGGCAAAGAUCGACUAUUACUUUGCGCGGAAUGCCGGGCGCACUUAAAGAAGACUGGGGAACUGCCGCCCUUGCAGCCAUAUCUGUUCCGCCCGGUGCCCGCGGAAUCUCCCGAGAGUCCCGGUAGGAUGCGCACGCGAAAUAAGGCUAAGGAGACACCGAGACCAGCGAGACCGCGACGAACCGGCGGCGGCACAGACACACCCGAUCAAGAAAAGCAGCAGCAGCAACAGACGCCCGAUAAAAACAAGAAGAAAUCAUCUGGCAAAGCCGAUACGCCCAAGAAGGGUCAUAAGCGCUCGAGUCAAACGGACGACACUUGCAACGACGAGGAUAAGGAAGCACAAAAGCGAAAACGUGGCGGCGGCGAACGGCCCGAUAGCCCGUCCGAAUCUCUUACAACCGACAGUAACUCCCUGAUGGAUGAGCCGGAGAGAGAAACGGAAGGUGACGCUAACGAGAAUCAACCGACACCGCCAACGGUAGCCGGCGUAACCGGUGGAGAAGAGCCCGUCAGUAGUCCGGCCGUCACGACGCCCGAGGAGCCAUCCGAGCCAACGCCGGCGUCAACCCCGGUACCGACCACAAUACAAAGCCUGCCGAUAUCGGUGCCGGUAAUACAUAAUCUAGAAAAGAAGCCUUCUGUUUUAUUGGAUCAAGAACCGAUAGAUCAAAAUAAAAUAUCGGAUCAGACGGAAGACGUACCAUUGGUCAUGAAUCAAGCCCUAAAAUUAGAACCAUUGCCAAUCGAGUCAACGAUGUCACCAACUAUGUCUAACGAAGAUAUGGGCAAGGAGCCCGAAACGGCACAGUUGAAUUUGAGCACAUCUGCGCAAUCUGUUGGGACGGGUCCGAGCGACACAGCAAGUCCCAUAGUUACGGUUCGCAAUCUGUCGCAAACUAUACCGAGUAUUAUCACAAGCGUAGGCUCACAGGCAACUAUAUCGAGCUCGCAAAUUCCAGUGAUAUCGCCCGGUCAGCAACAGACCGGCACUGCCGGUGGACUGCCGACAAGUCUCAGUAUGCAGUACGUUCAGCCGCCACCGCCACCACCACCGCCGCCGGUACAAAAUGUGCCGCAGAAUCUUUCACAAAAUAUAUCGUCGCAGAUGACGCCGAGCAGCUUGCCGCCAAACGUACCGAAUAUGGGACCAACGAAUCUGCGUCACGUAACCGAGAGCUUGCCAACUUCGGCACAAACACUGCCGCAAAGUAUGACGGGACCGCCACCGUUGAAUCUCAAUAUUUCGCAGAGCGUAUCGACCGGUAUCGGUGGCCCAAUCGGCCAGAUGCCGCAGAUGCCACCAAUGUCGAAUUCACCACCGCAACCGCUCGGUUUGACUGUAAUGUCGUCCGAAAAUAGAAAUGCUGAAAGAAUGAUGGACGAUAGACUAUCAGUGAACGAUCGAGUACGCGACAGCAGAGCUCCUGACUCUCGUAUGAUGCCAGAGCGCGUUUCGGAACGAACAAGCGAAAACAAUGAGUUGGAACGAUCGGAACCGAGCAACUUGUUUCAACCGAUACAAUCCGGUGGAAUGUUGCCGAUGGAGAAACCCGCGGGAAUCUAUAAUUUACCGGCUGGUACGCCGCCGAUGGAACCGCAAAAUCUAAAGAUAAAGCAGGAGAUCAUACCACCAGAGCCGGAUCCUUUGCAAAGCUUGAAGGAGGUCAAAGUACCAGGCUUCCAAAGCUCCAAUUUUCCAGGUCCGAGUUUGGACAAUAUCAAAAAGGAUCCGGAUGGCGCGAGCAAACCGCCAACGCCAAGCAAACACUCUAUGCCGCCAGUUAGUCAGGCGGUACCGUCGAUUCAGCCAGUCGCGGCAUCACCGACACCAACGCCGAACCUUCCGCCACCACCAAGUUCGAUCCCUCAACCGGUAAUGCAUCCGGCGCAGCAGCCGAGCCCGCAUAUGGCCCAUCCCUUCCAUCCACAUCAUCCGCUGAUGCAUCAUUCUUUGUUCACCGCUAUGCAUACGUAUCAUCCUCAUCCUUAUCCAGGAUACGCACCAGGAUACCCAUCUUUCCCGCCAUACGCUUACGGUCCGGUACCUCAUGCUAUUCCUCCACCUUCGCCGCAACGAAGUCAGGAAAGCAGUAACGCUAUGAUGACGCAUCAUGCCAGUACUAGCUCAAGUGUCACAAGCAGAGAAGAGGGCGAGAAUCUAAUCGCGAGUCAUCACCAUUCAUCUAGUAUGCAUCAACAGCCGACGAACUUGCAUCACGACAAACUAUUGACUAUCUCUUCUCACAGCUCUCAUAGUCAUUCGUCGUCCCAUAGCUCACAUAGUAGCCAGCGGAAACCGUCACUCGUCUCUGCUACAUGUCUAACGUCGUCGGCUAGUUCCGUGCAUCAUCAUCAUCGUGCGUCACAACCGCAGCAACCACAGCCGGUCGUACAGGAACCGAAAAUUGAACAAGACAUGGAGACCGAACCUGAAGAGCCCGUUAGUCCUCGUGGACCGUCGCCAGAACCGCGAAUUGAGGAUUCCGAGUGUCACCGUUCGCAGUCUGCGAUUUUCCUGAGACAUUGGAAUCGCGGCGAAAAUAACUCGUGCACGCGCACUGAUUUAAUGUUUAAACCUGUACCCGAUUCAAAACUUGCAAGAAAGCGCGAAGAACGCUCGCGGAAACAAGCAGAACGAGAACGAGAGGAACGUGAUCGCGCUGCUGCUGCAGCUCAACAAGCUAGAAAAAUGACGACACCGGAGAAACAACCUGAAGUAUGCAAACCACCCAGCCGCGGACCCCUCGAACCGGUCGUCUCACCAUACGAUCGUUACGCCGCGCGUCCUGGUUCCUAUGCAGAUACACCGGCGCUCAGACAACUGUCCGAAUAUGCUAGACCGCAUGCCGCUUUCUCACCUGCUAGACAUCCCGCUCCGCCCGAUCCGAUGCUACAUUAUAUUUACGGACGCGAAGCUGCAGCAGCGCAACGGCUGGAGUUGGAACAUAUGGAGCGGAAAAGAGAACGCGAGAUACGCGAAUUACGCGAGAGAGAGCUGAACGAUAGAUUGAAGGAGGAGUUGUUCAAGGGUACGCCUAGACCGAUGCCGGCACCGCCGGUUGAUCCACACUGGCUGGAGAUACACCGCCGAUACGCCGCUGCCGGUCUGACACCAGCCCCUUCUGGACCACCCCAGGCUUUACAUCAAUUCGGUCUCUACGGCGCUCCACCGGGUCCAAGUCAACUCGACAGAGAACGGCUCGAACGGCUAGGGAUUCCGACUGCAGCCGGCGGGGGGCCAGCGGGUGGAGCGGCUGGCCAUCCCGUGGCGGCUCAUCAUCACGGCCAGUUGGAAGAACGGCUGGCUCUGGCCGCUGACCCGAUGGUCCGAUUACAAAUGGCUGGCAUCUCGCCCGAGUAUCACGCUCACACUCACGCGCAUACGCAUGCGCAUACGCACUUGCACUUACAUCCGGGACAGCAACAGGCCCAGCAACAGGCUCAGCAACAGCAGGAAGCCGCUGCGGCUGCGGCUGGAUUUCCUCUGCCGGCUGCGGCCAGCGCUAAUUAUCCUCGUCCCGGUUUAAUGCCGCGGGAUCCUGCUUUGGCACUUCAUCCGGCGGAACUUCUAGGAAGACCAUACGCGGAUAUGGCGGCGCAUCACGAACAACUACAACGGCAUCUUAUGAUAGAGCGCGAACGAUUCCCUGGGCAUGCGUCUCUCGUGGCUCAUCACGAGGAAUACCUGAGACAACAGCGUGAGCGCGAGCUUAAAGUUCGCGCGUUGGAAGAAGCCGCACGUGGAUCGCGUCAAUAAUUAUAUUUUUUAUGUAUAUAUAAUAUAUAUAUAUAUAUAUAUAUUUUUUUUUUCUUGAUUGCGUUUAAACACGAUAUAUUAAUACAUAUAUCUAUAUGUGCGUAUGUUGUAUAUAUACGCGUAUAUAGAUAGAUAUAGAACGUUCUUUUAACAUCGAUUAGUUGAAGAUUAAAAAAAAUAAAUAAAUAAAAAAAAAAAAAAAAAUAAAAUAAAAUAAAAAUAAAAAGAAAUCAGAUCUUGCUCUGUAAUCUACAUAUUCUCUAAGAUCAGAAAUUAUUUUUAUGAUCUUUCAAAUCGCACAAUGUAAGAGAUGGAAAUAUAUAUAUAUAUAUAUAUAUAUAUAUAUAUAUAUAUAUAUAUAUAUAUAACGCGCAGCGAGCAUAAUCAUUGUAAUUCUCAUUAUUGUAAAUAACACGACAAAAUAUUUGAGUUCUCCAGUGCUGUAACGCUCAGUUACUGGUACUCUUUAGAGUGAUCGAGAUUUAUAUAUAAAUGGCAGAUAUGUAAGCCGUUCAAGUCUUUAAAUAUUAUAUUGUUUCUAAUUCUUAUACUUCGCUAUCGACAAUAUUACAGUUUGUCGAUUUUGCCUGGUUUAUUUGAUUGACCUUGCUUUUUUAUUUGAUUUUAAAUAGUAUAUAUGCCAAAGUGCUUGUACAAGGUAAAAUUCUACCGCGUUUUUUUAAUUCUUUUUGUAUAUAUAGAUAUUAUAUAUAUAUAUAUAUAUUUUUUUGUUAGUAUUUGUUCUCGUAAAGAGUAAAUACACAUAGUCGUGGUACAAAAACGGAUAAAAAAAAGAGAAUAGAGAUCGCUAGAGAAGGUAAUAAAUCAAGCGAUUACAUAAAACGAAUCUUUCGUUUGUACAUUUUUUUAUAUCGAAAAUCUUUUGCAAUAUUUUAACUAAUUUUAAUUAUUACACUUAAUAAUGAAAAAUAGUUGAAACAAUGUAAAAGUUACAUCUAAUAAUUAAAAUUAAUGAUAAUGAUGUAAGAAAUAUCAUGCGUAAGUCGUUCAUUUAAUAAGAUACGCUCGUGGAUUCAUUUUUUUGCAUUUUUAUUAUUGAUCAAGUAUAUGUCCUUUGUUAUUAAAGAUUUGCAAUAUCUAAUAAAAGGAUAUCUUAAUAGAUGUGUGUGUGUGUACAGGGUGUCCCAGAUUAAUGGGAACAAAACUCAUGUGCAGAUAGAGCGGAUCAAACUGAAUCGAAAAGUCCUUUAUUAUUUUUUUGUACAACGCUUAAUAAAAGAAUUAUUAUUGAGUAAAGUCUGAUCAAUCAUCGCCGAUCUUUAGUCAGGCGCACGUCGGUGAGCCGCGUACCUGGUAGUGUGCGUUAGCGUUCAGCUGUUUCAGCACGGCUCAGCGACGUGCGCUCGGCUAAAGAUCGGUGAUGAUUGAUCAGAUUUUACUCAAUAAUAAUUCUUUUAUUAAGCGUUGUACAAAAAAAUAAUAAAGGACUUUUCGACUCCGUUGGUCCGCUCUAUCUGCACGCGAGUUUUGUCCCCAUUAAUUUGAGACACCUUGUGCGUAUAUAUAUAUAAUAUGUAUAAUAUACAUGUAUUUGAUAUAUAAGUAAAAUAAUAAUUAAACUUUAAUUAUAUAUUUUUACGUGAUUAUAUGAUACGAUCAAUACAGAAUAUAGAUAUAUAGAUAUACAGAUAUACAAUAUGUAUAUAAGUUGACACGGAAAGUUCAACGUACGUAUAUUUAUAAAAAAAUGUUUGGCAUGAUUUUCUGUCACGUUAUAAAUAAAUCUAAAUGCGUACUCGUUUCCUAUCCAACUACAUAUAUAUGUAAUAAUUACUAUCACAAUAAUUAAAGUUAUUAAAAUAAAAGUUUUUUAAGAUGUAUAAAUAAAAUGUCCUGCUUGUUUCAAAAUUGCUCGGCUCAUUACUCCCCAGCAAUCUACAUUUUUUUUCUUUUAUACGACGUUUCAAUUAAUUUUUAUUAUUGUGAUAGUGUAUUCAUAUAAUAUAAUAAUACGAUGGGAAAUCAGUACGCAUUUGCGUUUACUUAUGACAGAAAAUUAUAAAUUUAAUCAUUAAUUACUUAAUUAAAUAGCUUUAUUACAUCAAAUCAAUUAUACAACGUAAAAUUUACAUGUCUUCUCAAUGGUCACUGGAUCAUAAGAUCAAUUACUUCAUUUGAUAUUGUCAAAGAAACAUCAUUCGUAAAUCAUUCAAUGGUAAGCGUUUUCUUUUAGAUCCAUGUUUAAUUUUCCACAUUAAUCUAUCUUGAUCGUAUCACAUAAUAGUGUGAAAAAUAUAAUCUAAGUCCAUUAUCAUUUUAUUAAUGUAUCAGAUAUGUGUGUAAAUGUAUACACACACACUUUUAUUUAGAUAUAUCUUUUUAUUAGAUGUUGCAAACCUUUGAUAAUAAAACAAUUGAUCAGUGGUAAAGAUAAAAAGAAAAUUAAAAAAGAAAUAUUUACCAUUGAAUGAUUUAAGAAUGAUGUUUCUUUGACAAUAUCAAAUAUUGGAAUAAUGUAAUUUUAUGAUCCAGUGACCAUUGAGAAACAUGUACAUUUUACACUGUGUAAUUGAUUUGGUGUUAUAAAGCUAUUUAUCUGAAUAAAUAUUUCGUACAAAAUUCGAA